AAGCUCUUCAUUUCUCUCUCACCCUAUUUGUUCCUCAUCACUACACAUACACAUUAUAUACUUUCAAACCCUUUCUUCUCUUUCAAUCCAAGUUUUCCCUCAUCAGUGAUCUUCAUUAUCUUUGAAUUUUACUGUGCUGUAAUCAUGUCUCCUAGGUUUUGCAGUGCCUAGUUCAACUGUAAAUGCAUGCAAAUUAGCUUCAGAUCCGAGGAACAUCUUCUUUUCAAGAAAGACGAGGUUGUUGUUACGUGUAGAUGUUAUACUAUCAUCAAUGGCUCCCAAGAAACAACCAAUAAUGCUGUUCAUAUUCUUGUUCUUGUUCUUGAAUAAUUCUCGCAUGUUACAUGCAGAGGAACUUGACCUACUUUUACAAUUCAAAUCUGCCAUUAACGACCCUUUACAAUAUCUUUCCAACUGGAAUCCUUCCACGACUUUUUGCAAAUGGCAGGGAAUAACUUGCAACAACGACUCUUUUGGCAUUAAGGCCAUUGAUCUACCAGGAAAAAAUAUCUCUGGCGAGCUUCCCUUGUCAAUCUUUCAAUUGCCAUAUAUUGAAACGAUAAAUCUUUCAAGCAAUCAGCUUUCUGGUCAAAUUGCUCCUCGCAUUUUCUCAAGCGCUAAUUCGCUUCGAUAUCUCAACCUUAGUAACAAUAACUUCACUGGUUUUAUACCAGAGGGAUCAAUUCCUUCCCUGGAGACAUUAGAUCUGUCUAAUAAUAUGCUUACGGGGAAAAUUCCUCAAGAAAUUGGAUCUUUUUCAAGACUUAAGUUUCUUGAUCUUGGUGGAAAUGUUUUAGUGGGAGAAAUUCCCAUCUCUAUAACAAAUAUCACAAGCUUGCAAUUCUUGACGUUGGCUUCAAAUCAGUUAGUGGGUCGAAUUCCAAAAGAAAUAGGCCAAAUGAAGAACUUGAAAUGGAUUUACUUAGGCUACAACAAUCUUUUAGGAGAAAUUCCAAAAGAAAUAGGGGAAUUAACUUUCUUGAAUCAUCUUGACCUUGUUUAUAAUAAUCUCACUGGAUCAAUUCCCUCAUCUUUAGGAAACCUCACUAAUCUUCAGUAUCUCUUUCUUUAUCAAAACAAGCUUUCAGGUACAAUUCCAGACUCCAUUUUCAGCCUCAGAAAGUUGAUUUCACUUGAUCUUAGUGAUAAUUCUCUUUUCGGUAAGAUUCCAGAGCUUAUAGCUCAGUUGCAAAACUUGGAAAUUCUCCAUCUUUUCUCCAACAACUUUUUUGGAAAAGUCCCUACCGCUUUAAGUUCGUUACCUCGCCUCCAAGUCCUUCAACUUUGGGCCAACAACUUUUCAGGUGAAAUUCCUCAAGAUCUUGGAAAGCAAAAUAAUCUCACUAUAAUAGACCUUUCCACCAAUUCUCUCACCGGAAAAAUUCCUCAAGGUUUAUGCACGUCAGGAAAUCUCUUUAAGCUUAUUCUGUUCUCAAAUUCACUCGAAGGCGAAAUCCCUAAGAGCUUGAGCACUUGCAAAAGCUUGCAGCGAGUACGUCUUCAAGAAAAUAAUUUAUCUGGUGAAAUUCCGCAAGAGUUCACGAAGCUGCCACUUGUUUAUUUCUUGGAUUUAUCAGGUAAUAAUUUUUCAGGCAGAAUUGAUACGAGAAAAUGGGAGAUGAAGUCACUUCAAAUGUUGAAUUUGGCCAGAAACAGAUUUUUCGGAGGCUUGCCUGAUUCAUUUGGCAGCGAAAAGCUUGAAAACUUGGAUUUGUCUUCAAACAGAUUUUCAGGUACUAUUCCUUUGAAGUUUGGGAGUUUAUCAGAGCUAGUACAACUGAAUUUAAGUGGAAACAAGCUCUCUGGUCAAAUCCCAGUUGAGUUAUCUUCAUGCAAGAAGCUUGUAAGUCUUGACCUAAGCCAAAAUCAGCUUUCUGGUGGAAUCCCUGCUGGUUUUUCUUUAAUGCCAGUUCUUGGCCAGCUUGAUUUAUCCCAUAAUCAAUUAUCCGGCGAGAUACCAAAGAAUUUAGGUACAGUGGAGUCGCUUGUUCAAGUGAAUAUCUCUUACAAUCAUUUUCAAGGUAGUUUACCACCUACAGGAGCUUUUCUUGCUAUAAACGCAAGUUCAGUUGCCGGUAAUGAACUAUGCGGCGGUGAUACUUCUAGUGGCUUGCCUCCAUGCACAAGAGUAAAAAAUAAUCCCGUUUGGUGGCUCUAUUUUGCUUUUAUUCUUGGUGGUUUAGUUGUUGUUGCUUUUAUUGCUUUUGGGAUUAUGUUAAUUAGGGGACGAAAGAGCUUAGAGCUGAAACGAGUGGAAAAUGAAGAUGGGAUAUGGGAAUUGCAAUUCUUCCAUUCUAAGGGACCAAAAUCAGUCACAAUUGAAGACAUUUUACUGUCCAAGAAAGAAGAAAAUGUCAUCUCUAGAGGCAAGAAAGGGCUUUCAUACAAAGGAAGGUCAAUAGCAAACGGCAUGCAGUUUAUGGUAAAAGAAAUAAAUGACAUGAACGCAAUUCCACAAAAUUUUUGGCCUCAGGUUGCUGAAUUUGGUAAGCUCAAGCAUCCAAACAUUAUCAAAUUAAUCGGAAUUUGUCGGUCGGAUAGGGAUGGAUUUUUUGUUUACGAGUACAUAGAAGGCAAAAAUUUGACUCAAAUUCUUCACAAUUUAAGUUGGGCAAGACGGCGCAAAAUUGCCAUUAGUAUUGCGAAAGCUCUCCGGUACUUGCACUGUUAUUGUUCACCAAGUGUUCCCGUCGGUUAUAUCUCCCCGGAGAAAAUUAUUGUAGAUGGAAGAGAUGAAGCUCACCUGAGAUUAAGCCUUCCUGAUACCAAGUUCUUCAUUUCUUCUGCCUACGUUGCUCCAGAAACUAGAGACUUGAAAGACAUCAAUGAGAAGAGCGACAUGUAUGGAUUUGGUCUGAUCCUGGUCGAGCUAUUGACCGGAAAAAGUCCCGGCGACGCUGAAUUCGGGGUACACCAAAGCAUUGUUGAGUGGGCCAGGUACUGCUACUCAGAUUGUCAUCUUGACAUGUGGAUUGAUCAAACGAUCAAAGCAGAAGCAUUGAUGAAUCAGAAUGAGAUUGUUGAAACAAUGAAUUUAGCUCUCCAUUGCACAGCCACUGACCCUAAAGCCCGACCAUGUGCAAGUCAUGUGUUUAAAACCCUCGACUCUGCUUUGACGACAAGUCGUUCUUGUGUUUCAAGCUUAAAGCUUUCUUCAUCGCGGUUCUAGUUUGUUUCAUCAUCAUCUAAUUUUUGUUCACGUUUUGAUUUUUUUUUUCUUUUUCAUUUUCCCUUUUUAAUUAUAUAUUGGAUUUUCUAGUAUAAGAUGUUAAAAAUGAUUGUUACUCAAAUGUUUUGUAUGGUUCGUUUGACAUACAUACUACUGAUGAGUGUAAAAAUGUAGAUAUUAAAUCCGCAUUAUAUGAAUUAUAACUUUUUCUUUUAAUUAUAUAA